CUUACUGCACAGUGACACAGAUAGAGUAGCACACCUCAGGUCUACUGAAACACGUCCACGAGAGAGGGGCGUGUCACUAGCGGGUUGGGGAUUCAAUUUUAAGUUUUUAUCCAGUCGAGUCAGUCUGCCCCACUAUGGGUAAAAAAAAGAAAAAUGCGGUGACCCAACAGCCUGGAAAAGAAAUCGUGAUGAUGCCGCGACCAGAACCUAUACCUGGCUGCCCGCCUGGACUGGAGUACCUGACAGCUGUUGACCAACUCAUCUGUAAACAAGAGGUCAAUUUUUUAGAAGCCUUACUGGGAUUUGAGGCCGCCAACAAAUACAAAAUCUUCAACACACUGGAGCAGCAGGUCUAUACGUGUCUAGAAGAGUCGGACGCUUGCAACAGAAACUGCUGGGGCCCACAGAGAGGCUUCGUCUUCCACAUCGUCGACAACAACAAUCAGGAGGUGAUGCUGGUAGACAGACCGUUCAGGGCCUGUAGCGGAUGUUGCUGCUGCGCUGACGGAUGUUGUCUGUACCCCAUCUUUGUCAGGGACAGGACGGGCAACCAUCUGGGCAUGAUACGUAUGAUGAACUCCAAAUGUAAACCCCAUUUUGGCAUAUUCGACGCCAACGGAGACCUACUGUAUGAGAUCUGGGGCCCGGCAUGCACGUGCAGUUGUGGAGGAGAAAUCCCGUUUCCGAUACGCAGUGUACGAGACGGCUCCCAGGUGGGGGGCGUCACCAAGGUCUGGGCCGGGGCGCUGAGAGAGUUUCUGUCUGACGCCGACACGUACAGUGUGACCUUUCCCAUGAACUUGGACGUCAAACACAAGGCGCUGAUCUUUGCCUGCUUCAUCCUCAUCGAUUUUUCACUUUUUGAGACGGACAAGAACGACAACUAAUUUAUUAUCUGUUGGAUCACGUCUGGGACUGCCCUAUAUCCACAAGAUGUCCACCAUGAUGAGGUACAGAUACUCACAAGUACCGCCAUAACCACUGAACUAUGCACAAAUCUGAUUCGUCUGAUUACUGUAAUCUGUAACAUAUCCGUCUAAUGACUUUAACCAAUCACACAUUUGUAAAGUUGCCUUAAAAUAUCGUCGUUUCUGAAGUUAUGUUUUAUGAAUUUAGCCUCCUAGAUACAAUGUAUGAAAUGUAUAUGAAACCGUGCAAUUAAA